GCACGCAGUCUGGGGAAGAAAGUUCUGUGUUUUAAGAGUGGGACCUGCCCAGGAGGAUUCACGCUGCCAUGUGUUCGUACUGCUGUCUCUGCACCCAGAAAAUGCCAGGAUGGUCCCUUGGAUGGCUGUGGCUCUGAUUACAGCCACAACCUUCUUUUCCUGUGUGGACCCUGGGAGUUGUCAUUCCUGCCUAGAGGUUAUUCCAAGUAUUGAAUACCAGUGCAUGGACAGAAAUUUCUCUGAAGUCCCAAUGGAUGUACCUUCAUCCACUCAGAACUUGGACCUGAGCUUCAACCCACUGAGGUCUUUGGCUCCACGAAGUUUUUCCAGGAUCACUGGACUGAGAAUCCUUGACUUGUCCAGAUGUGAUAUUCAAAAGAUUGAAGAUGACGCUUAUCAGGGCCUAUAUAAUCUCUCCACUUUGAUCCUGACGGGAAACCCAAUCCAGAGUCUGGGUCUCAGAGCCUUCUCUGGCCUGCCAAGAUUACAGAAGCUGGUUGUUGUAGACACAAAUCUUGUAUCUCUGGAGGACUUCCCCAUUGGACAUCUCAUGACCCUGCAAGAACUAUAUCUGGGACAUAAUAACAUCAGUUUUCUCCAGUUACCCAGUUAUUUUGCCAGCUUCAACUCCCUGCAGCAUCUGGACUUUCACCUCAAUCAGAUAAAAAAUAUUUCUGAUGGAGAUUUAGAGCCUAUAAAACUGAAUUCCAAGCUCACCCUAGACCUUUCCCAGAAUCCUAUUCAAUAUAUCCAUCCAGGUGUCUUGAAGGGGAUUCACUUAUCUGGACUAAAUCUGAGAGGAAGUUUCCACAGCUCAGCAAUCAUGCAUGCUUGUCUUAAGGGAAUGACUGGCUUACAAGUUGAUAAGCUGGUGCUUGGAAACUACAAAAAUGAAAUCCAAAUGGACAGCUUUGAGAGCAGCAUCCUAGAUGGGUUGUGUGAGGUGAACAUUGAUGAAUUUUGGAUGGUUGCCCCCUCUGACUUCCCUUCAGAUAAUGGAUUUUUCAAAUGUUUAGUCAAUGUUUCUGUUUUAUAUCUAGUUGCAGCUCCCCUAGAGGAGCUUCCUAACCUACCAAUAUUUCCUAAUCUGUUCUCUUUGACCUUCACUGACUGCAACUUUGAUAGAUUGCCUAACUUGUCACCUACCUCUUUCCCCUCCCUUAAAGAACUCCGGUUUACUCGUCACAAAGAUCUCACCACUUUGUCUGAUUUGGAACUUCCCAGUCUGGAGCUUCUGGACCUCAGCCAAAAUGCUCUGAAUCUUUUGUCCUGUUGUUCUGAUAAGACAUUUGAUACACCCAAGCUGAAAUAUUUGAACCUGAGUUAUAAUGCCAAUAUCCAUUUGUCUAAGAACUUCAUGGGUCUUGAGAGCCUAGAAUCUCUGGACCUUCAACAUUGCCAACUGAAAGGUCAGGAUGAUUACCCUGCCUUUUUCUCACUCGCAAAUCUCCAGUACCUGGAUAUUUCUUACACAAACACUCAUGUCAAAUCUAAACACAUUUUCACAGGUUUGAGCAAUCUCAGACAUCUGAAAAUGGCUGGUAACUCUUUUCAGGACAAUAUCUUACAUGACAUCUUCAAGAACUUGAGUCAGCUUGUCUCACUCAAUAUUUCCUACUGUCACUUAGAAGUACUCCAAGGAGCAAUGGAGUCCCUCCGUCAACUCCAGGUGUUGGAUAUUAGCCAUAACAACCUCCAGACUUUUGAUCCACUCAUUUAUGUGCCUCUUUCAAACCUCCAGGUCCUGAACUGCAGUUCCAACAGCAUUACAGCAGUAGAUGGGCAGAAUCUACAGGAACUGUCAGGGACCCUGGUUUCUAUUGAUCUUUCUGGAAACCCCUUUGAUUGUGUCUGUGCCAAUCAAAUGUUCUUUCAGUGGGUCAGAGAGCAUAUACAGCUCUUGAAGAAAUCUAAGCCAAUGACUUGCCAGACCCCUUCUCAUAUGAAAGAUGUCUCUGUGCUAUCAUUUGAUGAUUUAACCUGUCGGAUGAAAAAGACCAUCAUUGCUAUGUCUGUUUUGGGCAUAAUGGUGGUACUUUUGGUACUGGCCAUGGUCUAUAAGUUCUAUUUCCACCUGAUGCUGCUUGCUGGCUGUAAAAAAAUUAGUGGAGGGGAAAUUACUUAUGAUGCCUUUGUCAUCUAUUCCAGUCAAGAUGAGGAUUGGGUGAGGAAGGAAUUGGUGAAGAACCUUGAAGAGGGUGUGCCCUCAUUCCAACUCUGCCUCCACUACCGAGACUUUAUCCCUGGGGUGGCUAUUGCUGCCAACAUUAUCCAGGAAGGUUUCCAUAAGAGUCGGAAGGUCAUUGUUGUGAUCUCCAAGCACUUUAUCCAGAGCCGCUGGUGUAAGUUUGAGUAUGAAAUUGCCCAGACAUGGCAGUUUCUGAGCAGCCAGGGGGGUAUCAUCUUCAUCAUGCUACAGAAAGUGGAGAAGUCAUUGCUACGACAACAGGUGGAACUCUAUCGGUUGCUACGCCGAAACACCUACCUGGAAUGGGAGGACACUGGUCUGGGUAGACAUGUGUUUUGGAGACGGCUGAGAAAAGCAUUGCUAGAUGGUAGAACAAAGGGUCACAAAGAAGCAGAUGAACAGGAGACCAGGUAGCCAGAGUCACCCACUUAGUGCUGAAAGGAAAAGAAAGGAGUAUCACCCAUUCUCUUUUCCCAUAAUCGUUAUCUAUAUCUUGCCCCCCAUUAUUAUAAUUCAAUGUGACACUGAGUCUCAUAGGGACAAUGGACACUAUGUAGUUCAAUCCUUCCAUCUUGCAGAUUAAAAAAAAAAACAUAACAAUUUUCUAUUUUAAAUACAAAUAUUCCAAACAAUCUGAGAUGUUUAACAUUGAGAUUGAAGCUUUGUUGUUGUU